AUGGCCACCAAGAAGGAAUUGAGGGAAGAUCCCCUCCUACCACCAGGCCUCGUAAACACUUCUAAUACAUGCUUCUUCAAUUCCGUCAUGCAAUGCUUCAUCGCAAGCUCCGUCCUCGAAGCCACGAUUGAAUCCCUUUCUGGCUCAAUCCCCCCCACACUCCAACCCGACAAGAGCCCGGCAUUGACGGAUGCGCAUAAGGCUGCGACCGCGGAUACAAAGGCCAUGCCCAUAAGUAUGGCGUACAUCAACCUUCUCGAGCAGUCGUGGAAGAUAAGAGAUGCGCGCGACAGGCAGUCACUCGUUCCCAGGACCGUGUUGCAGCAGCUCGGCAACAAGUAUGAGCAGUAUCUCGACUUCCGGCAACAGGACGCUCAUGAGCUCUAUUGUCAUCUUUUGGAUGCUAUGCAUAUGGAAGAGUACGACAUAAUUAAGAAGCGCCAACCGCCGCCGCCAAAGCCAAACAAGAAGGCGAAGCGAAAUUCUCACCAGUCAUCCCCGCUGCGUAGGGAUGAUUUGGCCAUCAACGUGCCGUCGGUGCCUCUGCCGAUUCCGGAAGAAGAGAGGCUGAAGCCUUUCGUCGACCAAGUGUUUGGAGGAACGCUCGCGAGCAUGGUAGUGUGCGAGACGUGCAAACAUGUAUCGCACACGUACGAGGAUUUCACAGAUCUGUCGUUAUCCAUACGGUCCGAUGAGAAACUGAGAAAGCGCGAUCGCUUAAAGAACAUCAGUCAGCUCUUCAGGCUUCCUGCCAGAGCAGGGCGUCCUCUUUCCAUGCCACCGGAUCAUUAUUCCAGAGAAGUGCUUGCUGGCCUCGAGCAUCACGGAGAGGAGCGAAACACGGAGUCUGACGUCGAAGCCACUCCAGUAAACCCCCCGAGACCUUAUUCGCAGCCGGGUUUGCUGGGCGGUUCGGCGCUCGAAAUCAAAGAUCCCAAGAAAAUGGCGAAACGGUUAUCGAUUAGAUGGGGCAAAGGCAGGUCAUUCCACAAGGAUGUAACGGACACGGAGCAAGAUAAGAGCGCUGGCCCGUCGGAGGCAGAAGGGAAGACAGGCGAUGAGCGAGAAGUAGAAUCGGACUGGGAGCAAGUGCGCAAAGCGGCUGACAUCGAGCGCUCUCGUUCACUCCGUCCUCCGGCCAGCGGGAAUUUGACAGACGACGAUCGCCUGUCCAGAGAGAGUGUCCCGAAGCGUCCAAACCCGCUGAAGCGUCUCCACUCACGGAACAAAGGCUCCACGGCAACAAUAACGCCCACGAGAAGAAGAAUCAAUGAUGAGUCUGCUUACAUUGGACGGAUCCUGGCGGAUACGGCCCCUUCUAUUCCCCUACCGCCGGGGAUGAGCCAGCAUCCCCAGACAUCCUGGCUUAGGCUUGGAGGAAGUGGGCAUGGUCUUGUUGACUGUCUCCGCCAGUUCACCUCGGUAGAAGUCUUGGAAGGCGACAAUGCCUUUGCAUGCCAUCGGUGUUGGAAGCUCGAGAAUACCCAUGGCAGCAAACGGAAGUCUGAAGACAGGGACGAAGAUGAUGAAGAUGACGAGGAUGACGAGGACGAGGUUGAAGAAGAAGCGGUUGUCGACAACGAAAUCGAGAACGACUUGAUCGUGGUGAGCCGCCCAGCGACACCGCCUUCCCCACCGCAGGAGCCAUUCACUUCCGUUCACUCUCCCCCUUUAGUGCGCGCGGACUCUGGCGACCUGUCUCUUAUCAGUGUUCCGAGUCGUCCGCCUUCCGUCAUUUCUCAAUCGGCGAUCUCCAUGGCAGACUCUGAAGACGAUCUAGCGUCGUCGGUCGUAUCUUCUCCCUCAACAUUUCCGGCAUCCCAUACUCGCAACCCUGUUGAACAAAUCACCCCUACCCC